AUGGGUCCCAAUGAUUUAGAUUACGAUUUCGAAGAAAAGCUUCCAGUCUUAUUCAACGAAAACCAUUUGAAUCAUCUUAAUGACAAAUUGUCUAAACUUCCUCCAAAAAAAAUUCUCGAGUGGGCAAUAGUCUCUUUACCCGGAUUAUAUCAAACAACGGCCUUUGGUCUCAUUAUCCUCGAUAUGAUUUCUAAAAUCAGUUAUGAAUAUGCUGAAGAAUGUGCGGCAACACCACAACACUUAGUUCCUCUUAUCUUCGUUGAUACUUUACAUCAUUUUAAUGAGACUCUAGACUUGGCUAAUCGGGCAGCUUCUCAUUAUCGAGCCCCAUUACAUGUUUAUAAACCACCAAAUUGCGAAACUGCUCAAGAUUUCGAACAACUUUAUGGCAAAAAAUUAUGGGAAACUGAUGAUGCUUCCUAUGAUUAUUUGGUCAAAGUUGAACCAUCAAGAAGAGCUUAUAAAGAAUUAGGUGUUUCAGCAAUUAUCACCGGUCGUCGUAGAAGUCAAAAAGGUGAACGUGAAAAUAUCAGAAUCUUGGAAAUAGAAAAUGGAACUGGUUUAAUAAAAUUGAACCCUCUAGCUUUAUGGGACUUCCCAACAGUAAAAGCUUAUGUUCGUGCAAAUGAGGUCCCAUAUAAUCCAUUACUUGACAAAGGUUAUCGUUCAAUUGGAGACUGGCAUAGCACAAAACCGAUUAAUAGUGAUUCAUCUAAUGAACGUGAUGGAAGAUGGGAAGGAAAAACCAAAUCUGAGUGUGGUCUACACAAAGAUUACUUUAAAAUGAGAGCUGCAUUUGUUGCUGCGCAAAAAAGAAGAUUAGCCGUCAAUGGCAAUAAAGAGAUGAGUACUGAAGAAGAGGAAGAAAAUGAAAUUCAAGUCCGUUUCAUUACACAUCAAAAAGAAUAUGCUAUUACGGAUUCUGCUAUACUUGUUCCAACAAAAUUACGUCGUUAUGAUAAUGAGUUUUUGAGAACAAGCUUAGAAGAAUAUUUACAGUUAAAAGAAUUAUCAACGGUCUCACUUUCAGAUGGAAAAUAUACUCCAUUGUAUGAUUGUAAAGGACAUAAGGAAAGCGUAGAAUGUAUUUCUGUUAAUUCUUCUUGCACUGAGGCUCCAAUUGCGACGAUGCAAGGUCAUGUAGGUCCAAUAUCAUCCGUGGAGUUUGACAAAAAAGAUUCGAACAAAAUGUAUAGUGGAGGUUGGGAUCAUUCGGUACGAGUUUGGGACGUUGAAACAAGGACCAAUAUUGAUACUAAGAUUUGUGACAAAACUGUUCUUGACAUUGCUUGUUCAGACAAUUUAAUUGCAUCUGGACAUUCUGAUAAAAUAGUCCGAAUAUGGGAUCCACGGGCAGAAGUAAAGAUUUGGGAUAUUCGUAGCAAGUCACCUUUAUAUACAAUUCAACAAAAUUCAAACUCACAAGAAACAAAUUUUUCAGCCCAAAAAUUAUUUUGUAUUGAUUGGGAUAUUGAUAUAAUUUUAAGUGGUGGAGAGGAUAAUCAAUUACACAUUUAUGGAACUAACAAGUUAGAUAUACAAA